AUGGCUCAAAGAUCAUCAUCUUCGUCAUCUAUCGACACUUCAUCUGCUGCUCCUCAGUGCUCUAUCUGCCUAGAGGUUGUAGUUGAUAACCAUGGGAGGUCAACAGCAAGGCUUCAAUGUGGUCAUCUUUUUCAUCUUGGGGCAAUGCAGUGCCCAAACUGUCGGGUAAUUGAAAAUGGGGAAUGGCUAUAUGCUACCGGAGGUAUGGAUCAAAGCAUUGAUUAUGCAGAUGACGACGAUCUUUAUCCAGAUGACAUGAAUUCGCCUGAAACUGAGUGGUGCCCAUUCAAUGGAUACUCAGGAGCUCCUCCAACUUCGGGGGAAGGGAUCAUUAUCAGAACCGCAAAUGCGAUAACUGAAGAUGUAUUGAACAUAUUUGCUGGUGCUUCCAAUCCUCUAGUGUAUCCUUGGAUUGGCCACCAAAUGGCUACAGGGUAUCAGAUGCCCUCUUCCGUCAACGGAAUUCAACUUCACCAGCAGAGUUGGAUCCCACAAGCCCCAUUCCCUUCAAAUAUAACAGCUGCCAAUCAGCCCUUGAAUCCUCCUCCAAUUUUAGAGCUUUCAGGGACAUUUUCUUACACGGCACCAAGUCCGGCGUCCUCUGCACAACCCGUCAUACACAAUCACCGGUCUGCUCCUGCUGGAGCUUGGGGUUCUACCGACACUUCUUCCGGUUUACCUUAUAACGUUCCACCUCAAAAUAGGUUUGGGAUUCCUAGUGAUGUACUCCAAUCAAACUUUCCGUCGCCACCGGUACUUGCUUCCAUGUUGAGGCGCAGGAGGGGCUCCAACAAUCCAAGGUUCAUCAAUCCGACAAGGCCUUUACCGGCAUCACCUGUGCACGCAAGUGGUUCCCCUAUGUUUCCUUCGUCGGAGCCUUAUACUAAUAAUGCACCGAAUGAAGUGCUACUGCCUCGAGGAUCGAGUGCCGGGCCUGAUCAUGGUAUGCAGCAGCAGGGGCAUACACUUGAGAGCAUGCCACCAGACAAUCAAACAGAUGGUUCUGGCUUUGCUGGGCUUUUUGAUGGUCCUUGA